AUGCCAACAAGCGCAGGAUUAGAAGCAUUUGAAGAUUUACUGAAUAGUAAAAUUGUACAGGGAAUGGUACUGUAUGGUCAAAAUACUCAGCAGUCAAUUUUAGCAGAUCAGCUUAUUGAAAAUGCUGAAUCUUUGCUGAGUGAAUCGAUAAAGACGUUGGAUAUGAUACCUGUAACAGUUGCAGUAACCAACGAAGUUUUAAAUGACGCAGCUAUAAACUAUCUCCGUAAAUUACUGGCUAAGGAAUUAAGAAUGCCGGAAGAAAAACUGUUGGCAGAGGUUCCUUUUGAAAAUUAUGGAAUUGAUUCUGUGCUGGUAAUCAGGCUUUCCAAUCGUUUAGAGGAAGUGUUUGGUAAGCUGCCGCGUACUUUGUUUUUCGAGUACCUGAGCCUGAAAGAGCUUUGUGGUUAUUUCCUUGAAGCUCACCGUUCACAGUUAUUGGAGCUUACAGGUUUGGCUUUAGUUUCGGCUACGGAGACUUCAGCUGUUCCGCAAGAAGUCUCCAUGACCGGAAUGCCUUUCGUCAAUCAAAACAGACGUCAGCGUUUUGCCGGGGUAACACAACAACAACAACAACAACAACAACAACAAAAUAAUUUAACGGAAGCCAUUGCCAUCAUUGGGAUCAGCGGACGUUAUCCUGGUGCAAAUAAUCUCUCAGAAUUCUGGGAAAAUCUUAAGGCAGGAAAAGACUGUAUUACUGAAGUCCCUGAAGACAGAUGGAAUGCAGAAGAAAUGUAUCACGAAGAAAAAGGACAACCCGGCAAAAGUUAUAGCAAAUGGGGUGGGUUUAUGAAUGAUAUUGAUAAGUUCGAUCCUUUGUUCUUCAAUAUUUCUCCAAGAGAAGCGGAAUUAAUGGACCCGCAGGAAAGACUGUUCCUGCAAACAGUUUGGGAAACAAUGGAAGAUGCAGGUUAUACCCGUGAAAGUAUGCGGGCUGAAGAUCUGCAAACCGGAAUUGCCAGACGAAUAGGUGUUUAUGCUGGCGUGAUGUACGAAGAAUACCAGUUAUUUGGUGCAGAAGAAAGAAUGAAAGGCAAUUUUGUAACCCCUGCUGGAAUUGCCAGCAGUAUUGCAAACAGAGUUUCUUAUUUUUUCAACUUUAAUGGCCCGAGUAUGGCGGUAGAUACGAUGUGUUCUUCGUCAUUAACGGCUAUUCAUCUGGCUUGUAAAGAUAUAUUGACCGGAGAUACGGAUAUGGCUAUCGCUGGUGGGGUCAACGUAAGUGUCCAUCCAAACAAAUAUCUGAUGUUAAGCCAGGGGCGUUUUGUGUCUGGUGCGGGGCGUUGUGAAAGUUUCGGAGAAGGCGGAGAUGGUUAUGUACCUGGUGAGGGCGUAGGAACAGUGUUAUUAAAGCGUCUAAGCGAAGCAAUCAAAGAUGGUGACCACAUUUAUGGUCUGGUAACAGGUACGGCCUUAAAUCACGGCGGAAAGACAAAUGGAUAUACAGUUCCUAAUCCUAAAGCACAAGCUGCGGUUAUUAAAGCGGCGAUGAAAAAAGCAGGAGUAAAGUCUGGCGAUUUUAGCUAUGUCGAAGCACAUGGAACAGGUACAAGCCUGGGUGAUCCCAUAGAAAUUGCAGGUUUAAACAGGGCAUUUGAAACUACAGACAAACAAUUCUGCAGUAUUGGCUCUGUCAAAUCGAAUAUUGGUCAUUGUGAGUCUGCAGCAGGUAUUUCGGGUUUAACGAAAGUGAUCUUGCAGCUUCAGCAUCAACAAUUCGUUCCCUCACUGCAUUCUGCUGCUUUAAAUCCGGAAAUUGA